AUGUCAUCAGACGUCGAAGCUGCGUGCCAGAAGACGGCGAGCGAAGAAGCUGCCGGAAAGGACGUCGCCACUUCCGUAUCACAUCUCUCGGUUGGUCUCGUAGGGCGCGAGAAUCUCUCUGAUACUCUCCCCCCGCACGAGUCGUACGAGGGCCGGCAUCGCUUCAACCCCAAUGCCACGUGGACUGCUGCUGAGGAGCGUAAGGUCGUGAGGAAGACAGAUCUUUACCUGUUGACAUGGCUCUGUCUGAUGUUUUUCGGGUUGCAGCUGGAUCGGGGAAACCUAUCCAAUGCACUCGCGGACAACUUGUUGGUAGAUCUGGGUUUGACAUCGGACGACUACAACAACGGUACGACAAUUCAGCUCAUCUGUUUCCUAGCCGCCGAGUUCCCUGUACAGUUCCUUACCAAGCGAUAUGGUUUCAAGUAUAUCCUCCCGACCAUGAUGUUCUGCUGGGGAACGGUAUCUUGGGCACAGGCAUUCAUGCAUGAUAGGACCUCGUUCUACUUGACCCGAGCUUUUAUCGGGCUCUGCGAGGGGGGAUUCAUUCCAGGCACCAUCUUGUUCGCAACAUACUUCUACACCAGCAAGGAGCUGGCCGUCAGGUUAGCUGCCUUCUGGUCGACACUUAAUGUGGCUCGUGUCAUCUCGGCCCUGUUGGCAGCUGGUAUCCUCCAAAUGCGAGGCGUUCAUGGCCAUCCGGGGUGGUUCUGGCUCUUCAUGCUUGAAGGACUCCUGACUGUAAUCAUUGCCAUAGUUAGAAUUCUUCGUGAUGAUCCUGCCAAGGGCCUCACAGCUAUCAAGGAGCCCGCCACCUUCCAGGAUUUGUUCAAUGCAUGGAAAGACCCGUCCAUGUGGGGUUUGUAUUUCGUCGGCCUUGUGGCAUAUAUUCCCGCAACACCAGUGCAGGCCUAUCUCACCUACCAACUCAAACAACUAGGCUAUACUAAGCUUGCCGCAAACAUGCUCACGGUGCCUUCCGCUGUACUCCAGAUCAUUACCAUGUUAGCCCUGGCGUACAGCAGCGACUACUUCAACGAGAGGGCUCUUCAUUGCUUUUUUGGCGAGUUCUGGAUCAUGCCGCUGCUGGUAGCAGUCCUUUCGCUUCCGAAUGGCGGUCGUUCUUGGGAACGAUUCUCUCUCGUAACUCUGAUUUCUGGAUACCCUUAUUUCCACCCUAUCGUCUCCUCGUGGAUCUCAGAAAACACCUUCGAUGUCAAGAAGCGCGCCAUCACGAUUGCGACGUACAACGUCAUUGUCCAAAUCGGAUCACUCGUAGGUAGCCAGAUCUACCGGUCUUGGGAUGCCCCUUACUACAAGCACGGCAAUGCCGUGUGCCUCGCCAUUUGCGUGUUGGCUCUCAUCGUGCUAGGUAGCCAGAGAAUGGUGCUCAUGCGCAUGAAUAAGAAAAAGGAGCAGAUCUGGCAGGCCAUGUCGGCAGACGAGAAGGCGGCUUAUCAAAACGACAAGGCGGCGAGGGAGCUGGAUGGUAAUAGACGGCUAGAUUUCCGGUUCGUGUACUGA